GCAGCAACAAAGCAUCCUGGACAAAUACAGGAAGGAGGGCCGCUUCCAGAGAUUAAGGUCCCUCCGGAAGCUGGAUGAGGAGACUCAGCUGCCCACCAGACCCAGACCAGAAACACCACGGCAGCCCCUGCCUCCAGCACCAACUCCGGCCCCAACCAGCACUGCAGGCUCCCCCGAGAGCACCGGAGAGGAGAUGGAAAGAGGAAGGCCCCAAAGGAGGGGGUGGUAUGCGGUCAAAGGCCCUCUGCUGUACAAGGACAUUGUAGGACUUUGAAGAAUUCCUUCUCAAGCCCAAAUCCAGAGGGGCUCAGCUGGACACAUGGCAGUGGCCUCUGCGUCUCAAGGGGCAGAGAAGUGCAGCUCAUCUCUUCCUAGGAAUGGUCACGAUGAAAUGGAUUUGACAAGCUGAACCUAAGCACAGCCCACUACACACCCCUUGCAGCUGCAAUCCCUUGAAAAGAGAGACUGCUGAGUAUGUAAGGAAAUAUCCUCGGCAGGCUCCAUCUUGCCCCCGCUGUGUUUUUCCUGCAACUUGGUCAUGGCAUUCAGUAAUCGGAAUGAGUCCAGAGCGUCUGAAACCCACGAGCGCAAAUGGGGGUGAGGUUCCUCUCCCUACCUGCACGGUUGACAGGGUACGCAGAUUUGGAUGGUCCAGGAACCUCAUCUGGGAAAGGGACCGUGGAACAGCCUUGGCUUACGGAGUGUCUGUCACAGGGUGACUGCUACUUUAAAUGUGGAAAAUGGCGAAAAGAAAAACCUGCCCACCACAGGAGGAGACCUCUCAGCGUCCAAGAUCUUUGGCUCACUAUAGGACAGGGUGGAUUUCUCCCGGAGCAUGAGCGCUGGCUGCAAGAAUUUCUCUGUGGCACGAUGAGACCUAUGCUGCCUCCACUGCAAACUCCAGCCCUGUCCACCACCAAGGCCGAACGGACCCGACCCUACUUUGUGGAGACAGACCCUAACCACCCCAAUCUGUCCUGUGGCCCUAACCGGAGAGCAGUGCACUUACAGCAGGUGGGCCGAGCAAAAGUCCUGAGGCGCUUCCGCAAGCUGGCUGAGCCUCCACUGGAAACUCCAGCUCUGUCCACCAGCAGGACCGACCCAACCCGACCCUACUUUGUGGCUCCCCAAAACCAACAGGUCUGCCUUACCUGUGGCCUCGACCCCACAACAACAUUUUUAAAAAAGAAAGGGAGGUUCGAGACAUUGAAACGCUUCCGUAAGAUGAAUGAGAAGAAGAGCAGGAAGAGGAAAAGGCCAUAUGAUCCAGGAGAAGGCCCAAGGAUCAAACGGAGGAGAAUCUGGCCCUAGUGACGUUUGUAUUUCAUGUUAUUACAUAUACUUCUUGUUAUUAUAGAUCCAAGUCAACUUGUACAAAAUCCCCCUCCCCUUGGCCUCGUGCGGAGGGGAGGGAGUUUGUCCCAGCCCUGCCCCGCACGAGGCCCAAGAAGCGGGCCGAUUGGCUCCCUUGAAAUUGGAGGCGUGGUAUGGGCCGUAAUCGGCCGAUCCACGCCCCAAGCUCUUCAGUUUUGCCUUGGCAAUCCCCUCCCUCCCUUCCUUCCCUGAUGCAGAGCGGGUCUAGCGGCUGGUCGCCUGCGGGGGCCGAGUAGGAAUUUUUUGCUCUCAACGCAUUGGCCACCGUUGGGGGUUUUUUCGCCUACUCCGUUCUGUACUCAGGUGUUUAGUUAGAGUUAGAGUUGGCAGUAACAGUGCGGGCUGAGGGGUAAGUUGAGGGUUAGAAUAUCGGUGAGCACCCUUGGAUCUUUAAAGGUUGAUUGGUCAAUUGCUCCUUUGUGGCCUGUGCGGCACGGGGAGAAUGGAUUGCCAUGAAACCUGCUUCAGGACUGCACCAACCUUUGGGCUGUGCAGUCCAGGGUGGGUGAAGACCUUGAAGUAUCCAGAUCCCCUCUUCUAAAGGGGGCGGUUGGCUCUGAAGGAAUUAGGCGGGGCGUACCUGCCUGUUUCCUGAGCCAGGGUGUGUCGCCCAGUGAGGCGAUGGGUAGGACGUUAGAGUCCUAGCCCGAGCCUAAGGGCCCGCA